AUGGAGUCGGUGAUGCCGUUCCUGCGGGAGAACAUCGAAUCCAACGGCGUAGUCGGCGCUGUUGAGGCAGCCCCGCUCUUGUGGGGAACGGACGUGAGUGACUUCGGAGCGCCCGUCGACGCAGUGCUCAUGGCAGAUGUCGCCUACACAGACGCGUACGCGGAACUGGCGGCCACGCUGGCAAGCGAGUCACACGUAUUGGCAAAGUCCACAGUGUUUCAAACCCUCCUCAAGUUUGCCCGGGGCACAGGGGCGUACAGGGAGGAGGGGCGGUAG